UUUUUUUUUCUCUUAUAAUAUAAAACAUGAUGGAGUAUCAAUUAGCACAUCCUUCCACUUGCUGUUAUUGCAAACAUGAUGAAUUAACAGAGUCUUAUAUAUUUGGUGAAGAUGCACAACAACAACGUGUUAAUGUAUUUGCCGCAUCAUUAGAAACAGAAGAAGCUAUAGUUAUACCUCAUCGAUAUAUUUAUUUUUUACAUUUAAUGUCUUCUCCUGAUUUAUCUGCUUAUUUAUCUUCUUCUGAUAUUGUUUAUGAUGAUAUUUAUGAUUUACCUAUUCAUUUACAAAGACUUGUCAUGGAAGCAAAAGAAGAACUUAUGCUGCUAAAUAACGAACGGUCUGCUUUAGAAAGACUUGAACGAAUACGAACUUAUAUUUGGAAGCGUUCUAAUCACGAUUUUUCUAAUUUAAUGACUACGUUAAAUGAGCUUGUUUCUGACGACGACGAAUUAAAUCAUCUAUUAGGCAUUUAAUUAUGAAAUGAUAUCUAUUUCCUCCCUUACACAUGAAUCAAAUGAUACCGAAUAAUCAUAUUCUUUUUUUUUUGUUUUUCCUUUUUUAUAUAUUAUUUUUCAUUGAAGUGUCGAACAUUAUUCUACUUUCUAAUAGUAGAAUUGGGUGAGGCAGUGAAAUACAAAAAUAAUAAAUAUCUUUAAUCAUAAAUUUCGUAGCGAUUUUAUAAAUAAUUUUUGAUUUAGAAUGGACCUUCUUCUAAUGGAGAAGCGGGAAUCCAUAAAGGGUGCAGGUAAGGCGAGGAGGGGAUGAUUUUGAGACCCAAUAAAAUAUUCAAAAGUUAAACCACACGAUCCAGCAAAUUAGACAAAAUAAGGAAUCAAUUUGAAAAAAAAAAAAAAAAAAAAAAAAAAAAAAAAAAA